ACCCUCCCCUCCCAUUCCCACCGUCUGCUCGCACAUGCUCUCAUCUGCACACUCGGCUGUGAUCCGCUGGCAGGCUGCGCUUGCACACAGGUCAUUCGCCCUGCAUGCUCGCCGUCGCCAUGUGUGUCGCAUUGCCGCGCGCUGGCCCUGCCCGCCGCUGCCACCUCGUCUUCGCCCACCGUCCUCCACUCGCACUCGCCCGUUCUUUCCGAGUCCCUAUAGUACGUGCUCGCAGUCCAUUUGUUGGUCAUGUUUGCGCUCUCAAUCGCCAAGCGUCUCGUCGCCCGCGUGUGCCCACCCACUGUCCGGCUCGCCCUGUCCUCAGCGGUGUGCGCCUGCUGGGCCCGCAUUUAGCUCGCUUGCUCGCAUGUAUCUGCACUCAUCUUCCUUGCCUCUCCUUCUCGUUGGUUCCUGGGUCGUCUGUGCAGAUGCCAGUUCCCUCUGGUUCCGGCAGCCUUCUCGUGUUCAUUUCUUGCUCGUCCAAACCUUGUUACAGAUCAGUACUUCCAAGUCAAAGCAGAACAGAAUGCAUACAUACAGCACGUUCUGGCGUGAACAGGUCAUCAAGCACUGUCUCCAUUACUACACGCGACCACAGCAUGCAAUGAGCCCGUGUCUCCAACUGGUCUCACUAAGUCCUGAUGUCGAUGGUACCACGGGUCAAGGAUCGUUCGCGUAAAAUUCGAGGCAGAUGAACGCUGAAUUGCAAACCUUCCUUGUCGCGCCCACAACUUGAAUGCUCGCCGGGCUCUU